AAAGAGAACUUCCCUAAUUCCAUUAAAAGAGAAAUUUUUCAGCUAACUUCAAUAUUUAAACCAAACAAAUCGAUAAGUAAAAAGCAUGUCAGUAUUUUAAUUUUUGGUGACUUUGACAAAAACACACUGAGAACACACAAAAUGGCUUUGUCAUCAUGUUCGUUUCCAAAUUAUAAUGCCUCCUUAUUUGACGUUUUAAGCAACCAUCGGUUACUCUUGAGAAUUGCCGUAAUCCCAACAAAUUGAAAAGGGCCGGUAUUUAGACAUUUGGGCGUGAUAUAAUUAUAUCUUUUAAGAAAAGGGGUACUUAGCAAUUAUUUCAGGAAAGAAAACCAAAACGGUAAGUAUUUUAACAUUUUGUUUCCAAGGAACUGGUAUUUCGUUUAACUAAUACGCAUUAACAGCGUUCAAGUUUAUGUAAAUUUAAUUCUCUACCCUCAAGUAACUUCUUCUAAGCUUCCCUCUGAAUAAUUUUUGGAAAAGUCGUAAAAUAAACUAAAUAAAACGCCAAUCCAUUUUUUUAGAAAUGCUGGGCCAUUCUGUUUAUUCUGACAGCUGAGCAAAUGUACGUGAGCGGGGAGGGGCACUCAACAACGUCUUAGAGGUACGUUCCACCCUAUGGUCCAAUCCCCUAUAUUUUCAAUAUAAUUAUACCUUUUUUUACAGAAAAGGUACUCUUUGGUACCCCUUUUACAUACCUAGGUUAGAACUUUUGUAUCUUUGUUGUCUUUCAAAUAUAUAUCAAUCACCUAACAAAAUGUUUUCUCCACUUUUAAGAGCCAGAAAAUGUAGAUGUUAGCCCUUUUGAGUCUUUUUAUAGACCGGAAUGACUGAUUUUCCUACCCUUCCAUAAUACGUGAAGCCAGAAAGAGGUUCUUCUAUCGGGCGAAGCCUCCCCGUAAAGGCCAUUGUAUGAAGUACCCACGGGAAUACCACCUGCUCUUUCUAAGUAAUAUCACCUCCUCUACAUUAAAAGAAAGCUCAUUGUGUUCUGUCUUCAGGUUAAUGUUCAGAGUUAAUGUUAAUAUUCAACAUGAAGACUUUUGCUCGCGUUAUCAUCAUCGUGUUUUUGAUAACUACAGUCAGUUCAACCUUCAGAGGUAAGGUUCUAACACAUUGUAUUCCUUUGCUGACUAUUCUAAAUACUUGGUUUUGCAGGGUCAUAGGUUUCGUCUUCGGAGAACUCCCAUUAGAAAGAGACGGGGGUGAUUUUUUCAGAAAAUUAGAAAGAGAGUGAAAAAUCUCUCAUUCUCCUUCGAUCCCCUGAGAGAGACCCGUCUGAGCCUAAAGGAGAGCGUACUCGAACACAAUAUGACGACGUUUGUUUCCUUUCAGUAUACUUACGCACAACCCUAAGAAAUACCUUCACUGGCAAAAAUAUACGCGUUCGACCCCCCGUUUCCUCAAAAAGAUCUGCAACUUUUAGCUCUAAGCGAGGCGGCGUCAUUUUCAAAUGGGAGACCAUAGGGGCUUUUUGUUUAUGUUUUCAAUGAGAAAUCAUACUAGAUCAUGUACCUACAUAAAUUUUUUUAGUAAUCUCGUAAGGGCCAUGUUUAUCCUACAAAGAACAAAUUUUGUGUCCACAAAGAAUAUUGACAACUGUGUUCUUUUGUUUCUGUAUGUUUUGCCGAUAGAUGACCAAGCUGAAGUCAGAAGAAAUGCAGAUAUACAAGUACCAGAAGGAUGUCAUUGGCCUUCUCAUUAA